UUGGCCUGAAGAGGAAGAAGAGGGAGGAAGCGGUAUGUAUAAACAAAAAACUGUACAAUGUUCGGAGUUUUGAGGAAAAUUAAACCUGUGAAAAUUAGAAGUUAUCAUGGGGACGGAAAGUACGGAGUUGCAGCGAAAAGUAUGAAAGAGCUGCUUAAAAAAGGCUGCAAGCUGUUACAGCUGCCACUCUCUGGAGCAACUCUUUGUUUAUAUGAAGAUGGGACAGUAGUGACAGAAGAGUUUUUCCCCACCCUGCAGGAUAACACUGAACUAGUUAUUCUGUGCAAAGGCCAGACGUGGAGCGGAGCUGUUUGUGACAUCAGUCAGUUACUGAACACAGACCGGUAUGCUGACAGUAUUGUUGAAGCAGCCAAGGGGCUUCUCUCUGAUGAACAAUCUUCUAAGAGGCGUAAAAUCCUGACUGACCUACUACAGAACCUGGAGGACAGGUCUGAGCUGGAGAGCAGAGACGAGGAUGGAGACUGGUUCAAUGGUCUUGAUGCUCGAUUCAAAACAAAGUCUGCCUAUAUGAAGUACAACUGCGAAAGCAGGAUACGAGGCUACAUGAAGGAGGUGGAUACGGUCAGCAAACACAUAGAGAAAGCUAAAGUCAGGGCAGAGUUUUUAAAAACUUCAAAGUACCUGGUUGAAAUGCUGAAAGCAGCCAAGUACAAUGGCAGCUUCUUUGACAGGACUGAAAAGGAGUCAGACCGCCUCUGCACCCGUGAGGGGUGGUUCACCUGCCAGGGAUCGUUUGACCAGAAAGUGUGCCAGUCGCUCCACUCCAUCAACCCUUACGGCAGCAGAGAGAGCAGGAUUAUCUUCAGCACAUGGAAUCUGGAUCAUAGAAUUGAAAAGAAGAGGACAAUCAUCCCCAGUCUGGUGGAUGCUCUACAGAAUCACAAGAGCACAGACCUCAAUUUGAACUACUUCUACCAGCUGCUGUUUACCAAAGACAACUUGAAACUCGUCCAUAUUGUUUGCCACAAGAAAGGCGCUCACAACCUGUUUUGUGACACCAAGAAGAUUUUUAGGAUUGCCAGUAAUGCAGGCAAAGCUAAAGAGCACCCUAAAGUGAAGAGAACACGCUUGAUUUGAAUAUUUUUUAUGUUAUUUUAAUGAAAAUUUUUAUGUAUGA